CUAGAAAAUAAGCAUGGAUGGAUACCUUAUAGCUUCAUUUGGGGAAGAGGGCAGUGGAUCACUACAAUUCAAUUCUCCUUCUGGUAUAGCCAUUUCUCCUAUAACAGGAUAUGUUUAUGUUGCUGAUUAUUAUAAUAACCGCAUACAAGUCUUGAAUUCUGAUCUAACCUUUUAUGAUUCAUUUGGUAGUAGAGGAUCACUCCCUGGACAGUUUAAGGCUCCACGUGACAUUGCUAUUAACAGCCAAGGAUUAGUGUAUGUUGCUGAUCGUAACAACUAUCGCAUUCAAAAAUUCUCUCCACAGGAAAAUAGGCCGUGCAUCAGGUACAGAUAUCAGUUUGAUACUCAAGCACCGAAUUCAGUGGGUAUAGCAAUAGACACUGUAGCUACUGGUGACUUAGUGCAUGUUAGUGAGUGGGGGAAUCAUUCAGUCUCAGUUUUUACUGGUGAUGGUGUAUUUGUUAAUAGCUUUGGAUGUAAAGGAGGCAGGUUUUUGGAAAAUUUUAAGCAUCCUUCUGGAUUAGCUGUUAAUAAAAUAAAUUUGAUAAAGAUGGAUUUUUGUAUAUUUGUGAUCAUAGUAAUAAACGACUCAUUGUUUAUUAAAUGAUUUUUGUGUAAUAAUUCUUUGUGCAACAAAACAAAGUCAAAUAAGUAAAUAAAAUCAUUGUAUACAAGUCUUGAAUCUUUCUCUCAUUCAUUUGGUAGUGAAAGAUCAGCUAAUGGAAAGCUCAUGCAAGUGUCCAAAUGACAUUGCUAUUGACAGUCAAGGAUUAGUAUUAUGUCACUGAUUUUGGUAAUCAUAACAUUCAGGAGUUUUCUCCAAAUGGAAAGUUUAUUAGUCAGUUUGCUACUAGAGGUGGCCUUGGACAGCUUAUUAAGCCAGUUUGCAUAACAAUAGAUACUGCAAUGACUGGUCUAGUGUAUUUUAGUGA